AUGAAGCUGGCUCCAGCUUUCCCUUUCUUAUUUCUUCCGCGGCUGGACCGGUUGACGACGGCAUUUUGUUUGCUGGUAGUGCUGUUAGCUGUGAGCGGACGGGCGGAGGUGGUCCCUCUCCUGGAGCCGGGCUUUUUCUUCGACUACAACAUUCCCGGCCAGUCUCCGCCCGUUCCCAUUACAGAGCAGUGCGAAACGAUACAUAUCAAGUGGGGAAGACAGGGUGCAAUCGGACCAAAUCCCGUGGCACCCUAUUCCAUGGUCGUCUACACGUCAACAUUCACAACACCUUUUACUAUCAAUGCCGGAAACGGGCUUGAAUUUGACUGGCAAGUGCCUUUCGCACCGGGAACCCAGUAUCAGAUUUGUAUGUGGGAUAAAAACGGUGUUCCUGGAGGAUGUCAGGCGAUGUAUACGAUGGUGAAAAACUCGACAGUUGCGCAACCCAUAUGCAAGAAUGUCACCCUCCCAGUGCAGCUUCAGGUUGCGGCAACGGAUCAUACCGGGCCAUUGUCACAAUUUGGGUUUACGGACCAGUGCACAGAUAUCAAACUUACCCCGAAGUCGGGACGGCCUCCAUAUACUCUAACCGUUGCGCCUCCCUUACAUCCACCGUUCAAUAUCACAUCGAACAGUAUGAAGACAAUCGACUGGACGCUCUCCUUACCCUGGUCGUACCCGUUCUUCCUUUCCCUCCAGAGUGGCGACGGGCAGCUGUGGCAUUUUGGACCGCUUCAUGCGGGUGGAUUUGGGCCAACGGAUUGCUUGGCUCCGGGAACUAUAUCGAAAUCCAAAGCAGCAACGAUAGCACUUGGUGCUGGACUCGGCAGUGCAUUCGGUGCCGGCGUUUUCGCUGCCCUCACCAUAUUCCUCUAUCGCCGCUUUCGUCCCGAACCCCACCCACCGAUCGACGCAUUUAACUCGAAUUGGGAGGCGGGCAGUCGGCCCACCUCCGAAUCUGCUUUCCGAAGUAGAUUGGACUCCCAAUCUGCGGCGUCAUGGGCCACGACAGGCGAUUCUGGCCCAAGUAGAGUGUCCAGAGGGAGGACAUACGUGCUUCACCAUGAUGCGGGACAAGCACCGAUAACGGUGAUCACCGAUGCCGAAGAGGUCGUAGAACUGCCGCCUCGAUAUCGCAUGGACUCGCCUGCAGGGCCAAACGACCCGUCGGGCGGGUACCAAACACGGUUACCCAUGCGGGAGAAGGCGCAGCCACCUUUACCUCCCGUCGACGAGCAACCAGUGGCUGGGCCUAGUCGUCUCUCAUAG